UUUCUUCCUAUGAGCAUAAAGCAUUAUGCGAUCUUUAAUGGUAUCGUAAAGCGUCCCCGAGUGCUAAACUCUGUCACGCGUGAAGUCGUGGAAAUCUACAGCGGUUCCCAAAAGAGAGAACUCUGGGGAGUCGCUCUCUGUGGACGGAGCGGUCUACUCAAAACUAUCGUGUCUUCGGACAGGCUAUUCAACAUCUGCUUGAGUGUACCACGUCACGAGACUGUCGUCUUCGAGAAAAGCGACUCGGAUGGUCCAAGCUCGAGCGCCCGAAGUGUUUCUCUCACUGCGCCUGGACCGAGAGAAUACCCACCCAGUCUUUGAUUUAUCGACAUUUCCUUCAAUAUCCCGUAAUCAUGUUUCUUCUUCGCCGCGCCGCUGUCCGCAGCUUCACCUCUUCGCCCCUCAAGGCCCGCACAAUUGUCACCAAGACUCCCACAGGACUCCGUCAAUCACAGAAAUGGCAGGUGCCUGCUUUCCAAAGGCGAUUCGCCAGCGACGAGGCAUCUCCCGUACAGGAGAAGACCACUGGCGAGACUAUUCCUACUGAACCCACCGCAAACGAGCAGGCCAUGAAGGAGGAGGCCGUCACAUCUGAGGCGCAAGCAGAGCAGGAGCCCAACGUGGUAGAGAAGUCGAUUCCCGAGGCAUCAGACGCCAAGCCUUCGGUGGUCGAGCAGGUCAAGGAGAAGGUCCAGGAUGUCGCUUCCAAUGUCACCAACGCAGCAGAGUCGCUUCUUGGUGAGAGCGCUCGCAACGCAGCCGUCGGAACACACAAGGACCCCAAGCCCAGCAGAAUUCUCUAUGUCGGCAACCUGUUCUUCGAAGUCAAGGCACAGGAUCUUGAGCGCGAGUUCUCCAGCUUCGGAAAGGUCGUCAAUGCUCGUGUGGCUGAGGAUGCCCGCGGUCUGAGCAGAGGAUUUGGUUUCGUCGAGUACGCGACUCUCCAGGACGCAGAGAAGGCACAGAAGCAGCUCAACCAGAAGGCUCUGGCUGGCCGCAACAUGGCCGUUCAGUUCCAUCUCCGCCGUGAGCCCCGCAACGUCAUGGCCAGUUCUGUCAGAGUCAACAACCCUAGCAAGACUCUGUUCAUUGGCAACAUGUCUUUCCAGAUGUCCGACAAGGACCUGAACGACCUGUUCCGCAACAUUACCAAUGUUCUGGACGUCAGAGUGGCCGUCGACCGUCGCUCAGGACAGCCCAGAGGUUUCUGCCAUGCCGACUUCAUCGACAUUCCCAGUGCUCAGAAGGCCAAGGAGAUGCUUGAGAACAAGGAGAUCUAUGGCAGACAGUUGCGUGUUGAUUACAGCCGCGGCGCCCUUGGCCCCAUGGGUGGUAAGCGCGUUGACUAGAUGUGGUUUCCCAAAAGCAUUGUACCAUAGCUGUGGCGUUUGAUGGGGACUGCUGGACAUAACUUGUAUUAUUCUAUCACUCGUAACUUGACUGUUUUCUCCCUUCACAUGACGAUUCAACCAAGACGGCGAAGCUUAUCGACCUCGGUAUCUGGGAGACCCUCGCCAAGGCCGACUUCCCCACAGUGUUUCGCCGCCCUCGGGCCUUGAUUGCCGAGCGAUAUCGUGCAUGGUCUAUGGACCUUGAAUUGUUCUGCCAUUGCUGAACAAUCAACUUGUUCCUUCUU